AUGCACAGGCGUCUCUUCUGCACUCUGCUCAUUCCUGGCCUGGCACAGCUCUGCUGCAGGGCGCAGGGCACUGUGCCAUCAGACACGACCCCUGAAGGAGGGCCUGUAGAAACAUCGCACCCGAAACAGGUCUGUCACUGGCCCUGCCAAUGUCCUCCUCAGAAGCCCAGCUGUCCUCCUGGGGUGAGCUUGGUGAGGGAUGGCUGCGGAUGUUGCAAAGUCUGCGCCAAGCAACAAGGAGACGUGUGUAAUGAAGCCGACCUCUGCGACCCUCACAAAGGGCUGUACUGCGACUACUCGGCGGACACGCCUAGGUACGAGACAGGAGUGUGUGCAUAUCUUGUGGCUGUUGGAUGUGAGUUCAACAGGGUCCAUUAUCAGAAUGGCCAAGUAUUUCAGCCCCACCCACUGUUCAGUUGCCUCUGUGUGGGUGGUGCAAUUGGCUGCACGCCCCUGUUCAUUCCCAGGCUGUCUGGCAGCAACUGUUCUGCAGCUGAAGGUGUAAGGAGAGCUGGUACAACCAACUGUGGCCUGGGACCAUCGCAACAAGGGCACUCUGCAGGCUACAGAGCAGUGCCAGCUUACAGGAACCUCCCGCUUACUUGGAAAAAAAAGUGCCUUGUGCAAGCAACGAAGUGGACUCCCUGCUCCAGAACGUGUGGAAUGGGAAUUUCUAACAGGGUAACCAAUGAAAACAGCAACUGUGAAAUGAGAAGAGAGAAGAGGCUAUGCUAUAUUCAGCCCUGCAACAGUAAUAUAGCCAAGACAGUGAAGAUCCCCAGAGGAAAAACAUGUCAACCCACUUUCCAACUCUCCAAAGCUGAGAAAUUCGUUUUUUCUGGAUGCUCAAGUACUCGGAGUUACAGACCGACCUUUUGUGGAAUAUGCCUGGACAAGAGAUGCUGCGUCCCCAACAAGUCUAAGAUGAUCACUGUUCGGUUCGACUGCCCCAGUGAAGGGUCCUUUCAGUGGCGGAUGCUCUGGGUCACAUCUUGUGUGUGCCAGAGAGACUGCAGAGAACCAGGAGAUAUGUUUUCUGAGCUCAGGAUUCUAUAAAGCCAAAUAUAGGGAGGAAAGUGUAAGGCUAAGUCAUUCACGUCAUAUAAUCAAAAAACUAAAGUAACUAUAAAAGGAUGAAACAUUUAUCUAAUGGAUUUAAAGCAGAAAGAGCCACUAGUUAUUCUUUGGUUGCUUUGUUUGUGACAUCAGAAGUUUCUAAAAAAUAUUCUAAAACAAAAGGGAAUGCCUGAAAAAAUUUAAAUACAACUCAUUUCUAGAGGAUCUCUAUAAUUAUGUAAUAUACACAUAUAUGAUACCACAUAAGGAUUUAAUAUAUAAUAAAAAUACAAUUUACAAGAACAUUUUUUAUAUAGCUAUAAAAAGACAUAAUUUAAAAUUGUAUUCUGUACCUGGCAAUACAAUCUAUCAGAUCCUAUCACAUGAUAUUAAAGGGAAGAUUCUUAGAAUAAGAUACUAUAAAUGUAUAAUAUUCAUUGUCAUGUUCUGAAUAUCAGCUAAGAUGCUUGUAGGAAGGAGAAAAUGGAAUGUCUGGGACUACUGCUAAUAACUGUAAUAAUGCAGUUUUUAUACCAAAUACUAUAAAAAAUCUAAACUAUCAAUAUAAAAGCCAAAAAUAUAACAAUAACUUAGCAAAGGGAAGAAACAUGAACUAUUAAUAAACAAAGCAUACAACAGAUUAGUUUUUCUUGAAAAGGAUUUUUUCCCCAAAAAUUAUUUCCUUGAAGGAUAAACCAAACAAUGGAUCUGAAAUAUAAAUGCGACUAAAAACAACAUUAAAGAUUCAAAAUAUUA